AUGCCUGAUAACUCACAUGUGUAUAUUGGCUCCGCCUUUGUGGCGGGAGUUGUCCUCUCGAUAGCUUUCAAGCAUCUAUUCUACCCCGAGAUCGAGGAGCGCAUCAGAGAAUACCGAGCACGCCGAUCACAGUCUUUGGAAUCAGCUCAAGGCACAUUACCAGAGUCCCUGGCUGCGAGGCAUGGGCCUCCCGCUAUCGUUGAUGGAAUUGAGGGUUGUAUAGGGAAUACUCCUCUCCUUCGAAUCAAGUCAUUGUCCGAGGCCACCGGGUGUGAAAUCCUAGCGAAGGCUGAAUUCCUGAAUGGAGCUGGCCAGAGCUCAAAAGACCGAGUAGCGCUGAGCAUGAUUGAGAUAGCUGAAGAGAAAGGAUUGAUGACUCCGCAUUCGGGAGAUACGAUCUACGAAGGGACAUCUGGGUCGACGGGGAUUUCAUUGGCCACAUUGGCCAGGGCGAAGGGCUACCUUGCGCAUAUCUGUAUGCCAUCAGACCAGGCCAUCGAGAAGUCAAAUCUGCUCCUGAAGCUGGGCGCAGUAGUCGAUCGCGUGCCCCCAGCACCUAUAGUUGAGAAGGACAACUUUGUUAACCGGGCGCGAGCACUUGCUCAAGCCCAUACCCAUUCAACAGCACCCGAGUCAUCAGCAGGUACACCGUCCCAACGUGGUAGGGGAUACUUUGCAGACCAAUUUGAGAACGAGGCAAACUGGCGAGCCCACUACAAUGGCACCGGCCCGGAGAUCUACGCCCAGUGCAAUGGAACCCUAGACGCCUUCGUCGCGGGCGCUGGGACUGGAGGCACAAUUUCCGGCGUGGCCCUGUUUCUCAAGCCAAAGAUCCCCAACUUGACCGUGGUAGUAGCCGAUCCUCAGGGUAGCGGAUUGUAUAACCGAGUGCGUUACGGGGUCAUGUUUGACACGAAGGAGAAGGAAGGAACCCGCCGUCGGAGACAGGUUGAUACUAUCGUGGAGGGUAUCGGAAUCAACCGCGUCACGGCGAACUUCGAAGCGGGAAGGGAGCUCGUUGAUGACGCUGUUAGAGUGACAGAUGCACAGGCAUUGGCGAUGGCUAGAUGGCUCGUUGAGAAGGACGGCAUCUUUGCUGGGAGUAGCAGUGCUGUCAACUGUUUUGCCGCUGUCAAAACCGCCUUGAAACUGGGACCGGGUCACAGAAUUGUCACCAUGCUGUCCGAUUCAGGCUCAAGGCAUCUUUCAAGAUUCUGGGCUAAGGCUGGGAAUGUCGGCGGCGCCGUGGACACAAGAUUGGAGGACGUUUUGAAUGCGAAAGACGAACAGUAA